AUGUCUGAAGCCACAUACGAAACACUACGAAGCAAGCCUCUACUUAGUGAAGUAAAGAACACCCUGCAGAGCCCAGGUGGCACAGUGGCCACAAGGGGGCAGUUUAUGGCUAAACUAAAAGCCAAUGUCAGUGGGCAACUGAAAAAUUGCUGCUUUCGUGUAGUAGUUGUCAAAACUAAUGGGGAAAAUCUCCUAAGCAGAACAGUGGCAACCAGGCUGGGCCUAAUAAAGCGCAUUGAAGAGAUUAACAUAUUCAGCGGCCCAGGCAUCCUGAAAGGUGAACCAGUGAAAAUCACACUGAAAGAAGGCGCAGAGCCAUACAGCGUCGCUGCGCCACGGCGAGUACCGAUUCCACUACUCCCUAGGGUCGAAAAGGAGUUAAAGAGAAUGGAGUCAAUGGGCGUAAUAGAAAAAGUAACCGACCCGACUGAAUGGUGCGCUCCAAUGGUACCGGUCAUGAAAAAGAGUGGCAAAAUAAGGAUUUGUGCCGACCUGAAAAAGCUUAACGAAAAUGUGAAACGUGAGAAGUUCAUCUUACCUACCUUGGAUGACAUACUGCCCAAGUUAGCAAACAGUACUGUGUUCUCCAGCUUAGACGCUGAGAGCGGUUUUUGGCAAAUUCCUCUAGAAGAGAACAGUGCACGUCUGACCACCUUCAUAUCGCCCUGGGGCAGAUACUGUUAUAAGCGGCUACCGUUUGGGAUCACAUCGGCGCCUGAAAUAUUUCAGCGAAAGAUGUUUGACCUACUGCAAGGGCACGAGGGGACAGUCGUGUAUAUGGACGACAUAUUGGUGUUUGGAGAAACACAAGAAAUACACGAUCAGAGGCUAAAGCAAGUCAUGGAGACCAUCGCCGCCGCAGGUCUACGACUCAACAAGGAGAAAUGCAAGCUUAGCCAACCAGCGCUGGACUUCCUGGGACAGGUUGUGACCAAGGACGGCAUAGCCCCUAACCCAGAGAGGGUCAAAGCCAUAACAGCAAUGGAACCACCUCAGAACGUGAGUGAGCUGAGACGGCUUCUUGGCAUGGUGAACUACUUGGGUCGUUACCUGCCAAAUCUAUCCACCGUGCUACAGCCGCUCAACGAGCUUCUCAAGAGCGACAGAGAUUGGUGCUGGGGUCCACAGCAAGACAGAGCGUUCACAGAAGUGAAACAGCUAAUCUCAUCAGCACCAGUCUUGGAGUUCUUCGAUCCGGCAAAGCCAACCGUCGUCAGUGCAGACGCAAGCAGUUACGGGCUCGGGGGAGUCCUCCUGCAGAGCCAUGAUGGGGCCCUGAAGCCUGUUGCGUUCUGUUCGCGUACGCUGAGUGAUGCUGAGAAGAGAUACGCUCAGAUCGAAAAGGAGUGCCUUGCGGGAGUGUGGGCCUCUGAGCGUUUCUACCAGUAUCUCUGCGGCCUAGAGAGGUACAAAUUACUUACAGACCACAAACCACUGGUAACUCUAAUCAACUCAAAAGACCUUGAUACAGCACCACUUCGUUGCCAACGCCUGCUCAUUAGGCUAAUGAAGUUUAACCCAGUCGCAGAAUAUGUUCCAGGCAAACACCUAGUUGUCGCGGACACGUUGUCUAGGCAACCCAUGGCAGAUACCAAUCCAGGUGACCUAGAAGCGGAGGUGAAAGCAUACGUGGACUCGGUGGAGGAAGACCUGAGAGUGAGGAAGCCGGUUAUCGAGCAAAUAAAAGACCAAACAAGAACAGACGCCGAGCUCCAGAGUGUCCUCAAGUAUGUCCAUAAGGGGUGGCCUGAACACAUGAAGGGUGUAGCUGUCAGAGCAACCACCUACUUCAAAGACCGUGGCUCACUCAGUGAGGCCAAUGGAUUGCUGCGACGUGGCAAGCAGAUCUUGAUUCCCAGCAGUAUGAGAAACUACAUGUUGCAGAAGAUUCACGAGGGUCACCAAGGCCUUACCAAGUGCCGUGAACGGUACAAUGGCGCUGUGUGGUGGCCAGGCAUCGCCAGUGAUGUAAAGAAGCUUGUGAUGUCAUGUAAGCAUUGCAACAUUCAUAGACCGAGCCAGAACAGAGAACCGUUGAUCUCCACACCAUUGCCUGAUCUACCAUGGCAAAAGCUUGCAGCUGACCUGUGCGAGUUCAAAGGUCGUCACUACUUAAUCGUGAUAGACUAUUUCUCCAGAUGGCUCGAGAUCCUAGAUCUACCGAAGACAAACUCAGAAACAGUCAUACAGAAACUGAAAAGCAUCUUCACACGCUAUGGUAUUCCAGAGGAGCUCAUGACAGAUAACGGUCCUCAGUUCUCAGCCGAACAGUUCAGAAACUUUACUGCUGAGUAUGACUUCCAGCAUGUUACUUCAAGCCCUCAUUUUCCACAAUCCAACGGAAUGGCUGAACGAGCUGUGAAGACGGCAAAGUGGAUUCUCAAGCAAGACAACCCUCACCUUGCUCUCCUGAGUUACCGCUCAACACCAACAGAGCCAACUAGGCAGAGUCCCGCCAAGUUGCUAAUGGGUCGAGAAAUCCGUACAACACUUCCCGUACUCAAAGAGAGCUUGCGGCCAAUGUGGCCAAAUCUAGAGACUGUAAAGAAAAACGACGCAAAAGCAAAGCAGUCCUACGAGAAGUACUACAACCGCAGGUACUCCGCCAAGCCCCUACCACCACUCUCCAUCGGUGACAAAGUCAGAGUGAAGAUCGACGGAGAAAAGGCUUGGACAACACCAGCAACUGUGCAGCGCCAGGAGGCUGCACCGCGUUCCUUUACACUGGAGACGGAGCGAGGAGACACACCGCGACGGAACCGGCGCCACAUCCGGCUGGUCAACCAGGAGCUGUCAUCACCUCGAAAGAUGGAUGUUCCUCAGCCGACGGAGCAAGAUGGACAGCAUGAGCCAGCAGAGCUGGACGUACCCGCCGCCAGCGCUCCUGCUGACGUCCCUGAUUCUCCUGAACACCCGACUCCGGUCGUCACCAGGUUUGGUCGGAGUGUUAAGCCAAACCCAAGGUAUGCUACUUAG